UGAUGUAGCUUGACAGUAGCGGUGGCGGGCAGCAGUUUGGUCAGAUGAAUCACAUGUCUGCACCGUCCCCGUUAUACGGUGCUAUAAAUACGAGCAGCAGGGAGACUGAAGCAGCUUCACACUGUCUGGAGUCUCAGGAAAACAGAGGGUUUUUUUUUCCUCAUCAUUGACUGCUGGCCCUGUGAGAGUCAGAGAGGAUGUUAAUGAUGAUGAUGAUGAUGAAGAAGAAGGGGUCGAAGUCUUUGGCUGUGGUGGCCCUUCUUCUGGCCUCAGUCAACUGUAUCCUUCCUCCAUCAAAAGAAGAUCUUACCCAGAUCUCACUCAAGGGAGAGAAGUAUCUGGAUAAACAGAUUGAAAAUGCCAUUAACGGAGUGAAGGAGAUGCAGAGUGUGAUGCAGAAAUCUUCAGAGGACCACAAGAAGGUUUUGGAUUCCCUGGAGAAGACCAAGGAGCAGAAGGAGAAAGCGAUGCGUGCAGCUCAGGAGAUGGAAGCCAAGCUCGAGCAGGAGGAGGAGGUCUGCAAUGAGACCAUGAAGGCUCUGUGGGAGGAGUGUAAGCCUUGUCUGAAGAACACCUGCAUUAAAUACUACUCCCGAACAUGUAGCAGUGGAUCUGGACUGGUGGGACGCCAGCUGGAGGACGUGCUAAACAGAACGUCUCCCUUCUCCAUCUGGAUCAACGGGAAGAAGAUAGAUGUCCUGGAGCAGGAGGGACAACGACAGACGACAGAAUUCAAGAACCUGGAGGAAAAAUACACAGUGAUGGCUGAUGGUGUGGAGAACAUAUUUACAGACAGUAUGAAGGUGGCCGAUGUGCACUACAACCCUCCAGUGUUCUUCCUUCCCAAUUUCCUGGGACGGUACACUCGCCAUAGCAGAAGCAUUCGCUCUCUAUUCCACGAUCCUUUGCACGGCUUCCAGAGUUUGUUCUCGCCCAUGAUGGGCAUGAGCAGGAACUUAUUCAGUUCAAUGGGAUCCAUGAUGGACAUCGACACAGACACACCUCCUAAUGAGGACGGCAGCAUAAAUGAGGACGUGGUCAUCACCGAACCUUUUGGCAACGGCAGGAUGACCUGCAGAGAGAUUCGCCGCAACUCAGCCGGCUGCCUCAAGUUCCGUGACGAGUGUCAGAAAUGCAAAGACAUUCAGCAUAUUGACUGCUCCGGUAAGAAACCUCUGGAGGGCCCACUGAAGGAAGAGCUGGAGGAGGCGUUGGCCAUGGCUGAGCGUUUCACUCAGCAGUACAACAGCCUCCUGAAGAGGUUGGAGGAGCAGAUGUUUAACACCUCCUCCAUCCUGGACAUGCUCAACACACAGUUCGGCUGGGUGUCGUCUCUGGCAAACGACACCAACACCAAGGACAACAUCUUCCGGGUUCAGACGGUGAUCUGCAGGGACACUGAGGAGAAGCCAGGUGAGGAGAAGAAGCAGCCUGGAGAAACGAACGUGUCUGUGCAGCUCUUCGACUCUCCACCUAUGAACAUCAGCGUGCCGGGUGACAUCCCCUGGACCGACCCCAAGUUCUCUGAGGUGGUGGCCCAGGAGGCUCUGGACCGCUACAAGGAAUCCAGCAUUGUGGUCAAAUAAAGUCCCAGUUGGAUUUGUGCCCCAACCUGAACUGUCUGCUGACAAGUGAAUGUUCUGGAUUCAUCAAAACACACCUGAAACCAAGACGAUAAACACACCUGGAAAAAAAACCCUGAAGCCAACCCACUGAUUCUGAUGUAAAGUCCUGCUUUUGCAAACGACAGAGUUUAACCUCAGAUAUUUAUAUUGUUACAUUAGAGCUCUUUGUCCUGCUGCAAGAGAAGAUAUUCAGUAGAUGUAGAUAGCAGGCCUCUUCGUGUCUAUAGUACCUCCAACAUAAGGCCUUAACCAUGUGUCAGCUGGGCUUUGACAUGAUUUAUGCUUGAGUUUCUGUUAAAAGCCCAACUGUAUGUGAUUAACUCAGUUUAUUCUCUGCAUUAAGCCUUUCUAACACAUGAAGAUUAAACUGAUAUUUCCUCCACAACGGUUCAAAGAUUUGAUUUGUUGCAAAGAUUUGUAGAAAACUAACAUUUAAAGUUUAUUCAGGCCAUUUCAGUGACUUUAAUGACCUGAUCUGCCCUUCUACAGAUCUCUGAUAGCUUUUAUCUGAGUUGGUUGAAGUGGUUGACUUGCUAGAGUUAAAAUCACUGAUUGGAGAGAUUAAACUUGAGAAAGUGAAAAUACGAGUUGAUUAUGUUCAGGAUUUCUUUGAGCACCUCUGUACAACAGCCUAGCAAUGAAACAGUACAUAGAGAUCAAAUAAAAACCUGCUCAAACCCA